AUGGAGAUAAAAGAUCAACAUGAAUUAAAGGCGCCAGCUCUGAAAACUCCCUAUAGGAAUAGGGUUAAGAGCAAAUAUUGUCAUUUCCAUAAAGAUUGUGGCGAUGAAACAAAUGAAUGCAAACAUCUGAAGAGAGCUCAGGAAGAUUUAGCUCGCAAAGGGAAGAUGAAUUCAUACCUGCCCCGAGAGGGAAGAAAGUUUCAGAAAAGAUAUGACCGUCAGAACAAGAGAAAAGAAAGUGAAAGUACUGACGAAGAUGUGGUGCUUGUCAUAUCUGGAGGUUUUGCAGCUGGAGGUCCAACCAGCCGAAGACCUAAAAAUUACCUAAGGGAACUCGGCCAGAUCGUGCUCACCAAUCAAGCAGAGUCUGACCCCUUUCCAAAGGUAGUCGUCAGUGAGCUGUAUCGUGGGAAAUUCAGAACCCCUCAUGACGAUCCCUUGGUUGUGGAGAUGAAGAUUAUCAAUUUGAGAGUAAGAAGGAUUUUGAUUGAUACCGAGAGUUCGACGGAUAUCAUAAGCCCAGAUUGUUUGUCAAGGUUGAAGUUCAAUGAGAAUGAUUUGGUCCCAGUUCAUCACCCCAUAAUUAGGUUUGGAGGAGUAAUCCACCCUAUGGGAACUGUUACCUUACCCGUCAUGGUAGGAGAAAAGGAAGCAUCCAGAACGUUGUUUGUUAAGUUCUUGGUGGUACGAGAUUUGACGGCCUACAAUGUCAUUCGUGGACGACCCACCUUGAACCACAUCAAAACAGUGAUUGUUACUCAUCUGAUGCUAAUGAAAUUCGAGCGUGAUGGGGGGAGAAUCGGAUCUCUAUAUGGAGAUCAGCAAGCAGCAAGAAAUGCUAUCUCACUACUUUAA